GGCCCACCCGUGGAUGUGGGAGUCACUAUGUACGUGCUCAGCAUCAGCUCGCUGUCCGAGGUCCAGAUGGAUUUCACCUUGGACUUUUACUUUCGACAAUUCUGGACGGACCCAAGAUUGGCUUUCCGGAAAAGGCCCAGCGUAGAGAUCCUCUCCGUAGGUUCUGAAUUCAUCAAAAACAUCUGGGUACCUGACACAUUCUUUGUCAAUGAGAAACACUCAUCCUUCCACAUGGCGACUACUUCCAAUGAAUUCAUUCGAAUACACCACUCAGGAUCAAUUACACGCAGUAUUCGACUCACAAUCACAGCUUCAUGUCCCAUGAACCUACAGUAUUUUCCGAUGGACCGGCAGCUCUGUCACAUAGAAAUUGAAAGUUUCGGUUACACCAUGCGAGACAUCCGGUAUAAGUGGAACGAAGGUCCCAAUUCGGUGGGGGUCUCCAACGAAGUUUCGCUGCCCCAGUUUAAGGUUCUUGGACACAGGCAAAGGGCCAUGGAGAUCAGCCUUACGACAGGAAACUACUCUAGAUUGGCCUGCGAAAUACAAUUCGUGAGAUCAAUGGGUUACUAUCUUAUCCAAAUCUACAUCCCGUCCGGCCUUAUUGUCAUCAUUUCUUGGGUAAGCUUCUGGUUGAAUCGUAACGCAACCCCCGCCAGAGUAUCCCUAGGAGUAACCACUGUGCUGACCAUGACUACGCUCAUGUCGUCGACGAACGCUGCACUCCCGAAAAUCUCUUACGUCAAAUCGAUCGACAUCUACCUGGGGACUUGCUUCGUGAUGGUCUUUGCUAGUCUAUUAGAAUAUGCCACCGUAGGUUACAUGGCGAAACGAAUACAGAUGCGAAAAAAUAGAUUUUUGGCGAUACAAAAAAUUGCUGAACAGAAAAAAUUGAACUGGGGACGUUUGUUCCAGGAGGUACGCUUCAAAGUUCACGACCCGAAAGCGCACAGCAAGGGCGGCACCCUCGAAAGCACCGUAAACGGCGGUAGAGGCGGCGACAGAGGGGGUGCCGGACCGGACGAAGAAGCGGGGGCUCCUAUUCCCCAGCACAUCAUUCACCCCAACAAGGACAUAAACAAACUGUACGGGAUCACUCCUUCGGACAUCGACAAAUACUCCAGAAUAGUGUUCCCGGUGUGCUUCGUGUGCUUCAAUUUAAUGUACUGGAUCAUAUACCUACACAUCUCCGAUGUGGUCGCCGAUGACCUGGUGCUACUCGAAUCGGACAAAUAA